AUGCCUCGAACAAAGCAAACAACAAAUCACGGUUCAUCCUCUGGUAGAGAUGAUUCAAAUAUUGAGCGAUGGUUGGUAUCCUCUCAAUCUAAGCAUCUUUAUAGGACUCGACUCCUCACUAGUGAACCAAUAUUUGGUAAGGCACGAGCUAGUUCUUCCCAUGGUGAUCCUAUGGACACCGGCUCAAUACCUCGUAGUAAUGACCCCUCAAAAGAAGAUAAGGAGGAAAAUGAAGGAGAUAUGGAAGGAGAUGACAAAGAGGAAGACACUGAAGAAGAAGGUGAUCAUGAGAAUGAAGAUGAAGAAGAAGAGGAAGAAGACAAUGAAGCCUCUGAUGGUGCUAACAAUGAAGGACAUGAUGAUUAA